CUUACAGGCGAGGUUCUCGCCUGUUCCGGAUCGUCGUGUACGCGCCGACACACCAGACCGGCAGGGAAAAGCGACGGGGAAAUCCUCGACUAUCGUUCACAUAUCGUUGAAUAAUUAUGUACAAAACGGUGCGGAAAGGCGACGCCAGUCUGCAGUACACGAUACUGCCGCAGACGGAUCAGUUCCCGUCGGGUGGAUUCCCGCAGACCUCCGGUAAGACUCAGCUGCGGAUUAUCAAGUACGCGAUAGGCGCCCUGAUGGUGCUGAUCACGAUGUCCUGCGUGGCCACGCCGUUUCUGAUGCAUCAGAACGAUCACAACCUUUUUGCCGGCACGACGCUGGCGAUGAGUCGGGUCGAGCCGGUCAGGAACACGUCGAAAAACGUCCAAUCGAAGGAAACCGUGGCGAAUAACAAGGAUAGAGGCAGAACCCCGACUACGACUACGGUGUUGAUCACCGAGGUCACCAAGAGGAAAGACCUCGAGGACACUACGACCUCUUUCGGUGGGAUUCUCCGGGGGGAAGAAGAGGAAGCGGUGGUCGACGACGCCACGUUAGCAGACAUACCGGAAACCAAUACGCAACGUUCCCCGAGCACGUCGGAAACGUCGACGAGUGUUCGCCAAUCGGCAACGACCUCCGCUUCGCCGUCGCCGUCUGCGACGACGACGAGCGCCUCUUCCUCGGCAUUCCCGAUGAUCUCGAGGGUGUCCUCGGGCGGCAUGACGGAGAGCACUACGGCCUCGAGCACUCCCAGGAAGCCGAAGAUGCCGCGAGUGACCCUGAAGCUGCGAGAGAACGAGACCAUACCGCAGAUGUACAUGAAGGCGGGCAUAGCGUCGUACAAGAAAGGCAACAUCACCACCAGCGUUCUCGCACACGGCUUGAGCCUCGAGGGCCUGAUAUUCAAAACGCCGGAGGGCACGAUAAAGCCCUGGCCCCAGAAGUGGUUCUUCAGCGAUCCCUCGGCCGACUUCCAGUGGAAGGGCCCGAUACAAAUGCCGGUGUUGCUCUACGUCCUGGGCACGGGAAUGGCCGUUUUGUCGAGUGCUAUUAUCUUGCUGAUGUGGUACAUGCAACGCAAGGCGUUGAGACGUCAGCGACCGAACAUCGAGGAACCGGAAGUCGAGGAACACGAGGAAGACAAGUCGACCCUGUUAGGCGCAGAGAGUCAGGAGACCGAGGAAAAGGAGUAAGCCUGACGACGAGGAAAUACUGCACCCGUAUGUAAGCGCGCGCGUGUAAGGACUUGCAUAUUUUUACCACACACACACACACACACACACACACACACACACACCAGUUAGGUUUAGGGUCUUCCACAUCGAAGAGUCGAAGGUCGAAUACGCGAGCGAAAUGUAAGAGGAACUUUUUGUUUCGCCGGUGGAGUUAAUUACAGAGCAUACGUAAGGAUCGUAGGAUAACGGACUCCUCGAUUAGUCUGAUUUUGAAGAUCUACGCGAAAUUGGUUUCCCGUGAUUGCGCUCGUGAUCGUUGUCGCAUCUCAGGAUAAAUCUGCCCGGGCGAACCCGACGGAUCUCCGAGUGAUGUUUCUUUCUCGCGAGAUCGGAAUCACCACCCUGGUACAAUUGUUCUGAGCGACGCGUCUUUAUUCAAGAGUCCGAUUUACAAGUUUAUUACAGUAAAUUGGUGAUGGACCAUUUAAGUUUAUAGCGAUUAUGAUGCAGCUCGAUGAUUAGAUUAUUGUGGCGACGAUGACGCCAGCGAAAUAUCGAUGAUGUUUUGCCGACGAAGUCGCACGAAACUAUAAAAUUACACAUGUUGUAAUGAAAAAUUGAGAGGAAGUUUCGUUAUUUGUUGUAAAUGUGCGAGUCGCGAUCGAGACGGCGGAUUUGAAGAAGCUACGACGAACGGCAAUGGCUGAAUGACGUAUAUACACUAGAAAAAGAUUUGAUAACAAUUAGCAAAUAUUUAAUUAAAUUAAAAUUUAGUUUUUACUAAAUAAUUUGGUUACUAUAACCAAAUCAUUUAGUUGAAACUAUUUAACUAAAUGUUUGGUAAUUGUUACCAAAUCCUUUUUUCAGUGUACGUAAAGACGAAUUGCGUAUUAUAUGGAGGAAAAAUGCGUACCUCACCAGCAAGUUAAGGAAAUCCAGACUUUCCUUUCCCUCCCCAAAAAAGAGAAAGAAAUUUAGAGAAACUUCCAGCAAACGCAACAAAUAGUUUUAUCCCCUUGAGAGAUUCUUUCGAAAGUUUUUACGCGGGAGUCGAGUGACGCGCCUUAAGAUUAAUUAGUUAUGACCUCGCGAACACAGCGCAAUUUCGCGAUAUGUCGAAAGAAGUCUUCUUAAUUCGGCCAUCUAUUUGCUAAACUUUCUAUGAUAUAUACGAUAAGAUAUUAUGUAUACAUCGUCGAUAUAUUUCUAGAACGAUACCUCGAAGAAACAGCAACGCGCUUUCAGACUUACUGACGCUAAUCAAGUUCUACCUGCGUACAAAGUAGCCGUACUGCCAGCUACGACGGACGACCAGCUUUCCAGCCAUAUUUAAUUAAAAGUAAUGUUUGACGAGCAUGUUAUCGGGUAUACUGUUGAAUCGAUAUCCGCACCGCUCCGUCAUGGAGCGCUCGAAGAUAUCUCUAUCUCACGGUAAAAUAUAAUAUCAUAUUUUGCAAAAUAUUUCGAAAUUCGCUUUUUUUUACAACAUCGCAUCAGAAAAUAUACACGUAUGUAGCUCGCGUUGAAUUAAUUCAAAUUAUCCGCGCGGUAACGAAGUCCACAAUUAUCGGUAUCUUCAUCGAAGCGCGUUGUUCAGCUAAAAGUACAAUACAAAGUAAUUUAUAUAAAAGUUCGGAGACAGAAUUACUUUAUGUAAUUGAUUGUUUUGUCAAAGCUGUGGCGACACAAACGCGCGUCACAUCUAUUAAUGCCAUUACGAGAAAGGAUUUACACACAUGUAUGUUCAUGCAUCGUCAGUGGAAAAUUGCGUAUUUAUGGACAUGAUGUUUGAAGUGAGCGAAAAUGUUAACAUUUCUUUUUUGAGAAAAACUGAUUGUAGAAAUUAGUGUUUAGAAUUUUAUUUAAGACAGGACGCGCACAAGAUAAAGUUGUGGCGACAGACCUCGCGAUUAGGACUUUUUCUACGUUUAGUUCAUAUUUCUCACGUAAUAAAGAUGACAAGUUGAGCCCAGCUUUGUGAGCUGUUUACUGUUUGCAAAAUCAAUUUUACAUUGCAGCGAAUAAUUUUUACUGUGUUCAACGUGACUUUCCACAUUCCACAGAAUCAAUAUCGCACAUUAGUUAUUUUGAACAAUCGCGACUCACUUGAAAUAACAUCGCGGUGCACUCGGAGACACUCGACUAAAGUUAUUUUCCAGACUCUUUACGAGUCACAAUUGCGUCGCUGAUUAAUUAAAGUAUCUGUUGCAUCGAUAAGCGAUUAGAUAUUAACAGUCAAGAAUCACUUAUCCCAAAUAGUCUAUCUAUGCAUUUAAGAAAUCGGCCAGCCAUGUGAAUUACAAAAUGUUAGAAAUAUGAUUACGUCUCAAAAAACUUGCUGUUAAAAAUCGAAAUUGUUUUAUCGUCAAUGAAUUAAGCAGCAGAAGUUAAAGUUAGAUGGGAAAACCCUCAAAAGAACUGACAGACAUUUUAUGAACAAUUGCACUUACAGCUAUAUCAUUACGUGGAUUUUAUUCAACAUCUUCGAGAGUCGAAGAUGGAAAAUCAUAGUUAUGUGAUCUUACAGUUAAGCUAUGUGAAAUACACGUAAUUUUACGCGUAUCGCACUCACAUAUGUACACACACACACACAACAUACACACAUAUAUACAAUUCGCACAUCGUUCUUAAAAUGGAACUCACAAUUCGUUGAUGAACGACAAGAGCGAAGCGGUUACAAAUCUAUUUAGGGACGCUCACCAGAAACGCGAGUACAAUAAACGAUGUAUUAUCACGAUCGUCAUGCUCAUUUACGUUGCGUAUACACAUUUUGUAACGACGAAUCGUUCUCACAUCACGCUACAAUUAGCAAAACAGUACUUUACUAUAACGUGUAUUUCGAUCCUGCAUUUAGUUCAAUGUGAUAAGAUUCUAGACGUGAUCCUUGAUUAUUGUACAUAAUUAAGGUGCGACUACGAUAUCUUUCUCUCUCUUCUCACUUUCUCUUCGAUCGUCUUUACUCGUAAAUAUACCUCGAAGUAUUUAUGACAUAUUCCUCGGUAUUCGAUCGAAUUGAUUUAUUUGUGUAAAUAUAACUUGCUCAUGGUUGAUAUUUUAAUUACUUUUGUAAAUAGUAAUUGUUUAUUUGUAAGUUAAACCUUUGCAAGUUGAGGAUGAACUUAUAGUUUUGUAAUCUAUUUGUGUUGUCAAUUGUUUCCUCGAAAGAAUAAAGGUUGUCCGUUCCGUGUCCGCACGUUUGUGCACAGAUGUUAAAGUAUUCUCCAUAAAAUUAAAUGACAAGAGUGUUACUAACAAUGAAUAUCGAGGAAUUAUUAUCGAUUCGAUACACUAAGCGACCCUCCCCGUAAGAAAAGAAGUGCAUCAAUUGCGAUUUAUUGUGUUGCGAAUAUAAAUAAGAAGGCGGGAAAUCCGGGGGUUACCUACCUGUACGGAAUAUUUAAGGGAUAGUUAAGGAUAUAAAAUUCGAAUCGUAUACUAAUUAACCAUUUGUGACUUUUUGUGUAUUAAACUUAAACUUUUAUGGUAUCUACGUGAAUCUACGACCGCGAAAUUCGCCGGAGGAACUCCGAGAGGCUCAUAACUCGCGAAAUUAUUUAUAAGAUAUCUAAUGGGCGAUUAAGGCGAGAAAAAAGGAAACCACGACAGGAAACUCACCACAGGAUAGGAACGAGAACACUUCUUCUUGUACCAGUUUUCAGUCAUUUUGCAUUUACUUGAAUGUGAUAGGUCGAUUUUCGGGAAAGUCGUUAGGAAACUUAUGAGUGAUAAUGACGCUCAAUUGAUAAUUUUCCGAGCGCCUCGCCGUCUCCCGAGAAUGGCGCGAGAAACGCGCGAUUUUCGCGAAACGAGCGUACCGAGGACUCCGCGCCGAUAAACAACAGUAUGCACUGAUAGAGCAUAUAUACAAAAAAAGUAAUGUUCGAUGCGUUUUCGAAAGAAAUAAGAAACUCAUAAGUGACACAAUAGCGCCGUAGCUGAAGAGAAAGAACGGUUAUAGUUUCUAUUUUGAAGAUUAUAUUUUUUUAACUUUAUUAAUUUUUGACUUCCACGUACAUGUAUAAAUAAAUACAAGAUAAAAAAUAUAUACAAAUUAUAAAUAUAAUGAAACCAUAAUGGACUAAUGUAUAUAAUAUACACGUGUAUUUUAAAUCGAGGCCGUGCAACGCGUUAAAUAGCACGAAAUGUUUUAAAUGAACGAUAUUAAUUUAAAAAAUAAGAGAAAUAGAGAGGAAACAAGAAAUCGACUUUUAAAAAAUAUUUUUCAAAUUAUGAAAAGACGUCUAAGUAGCGUUUAUUGUCGGCUAAAAUGUAAGAAAUUCUGAUUGAUUAUUACUCAUACAAAUUGAUGAACUGACUCGAGGAAAAGAGAAUAACUUCCUAUAGAGGAACACAAAUAUUUUUCUAAUUUAAAAAACGAUAUUACGUGACCGAGACGCUAUUCAGUGUAUGGCGAAUUAGGAAAUCAAUACGACAACGUUCGUUUCUUGGGAUCUAAUCUCGUUAAUCGAGCGACUACGUCUGCAUGUUUGCGGGUUACGAAUAGGUUAACCUUUGCCUCGUGUGUAACUCGGAAGUUGGAAAAAAUACAUUAAUACGUAAAAAAUAUAAUUUAGAAAGUUUACCUUGUUGACAUUUUUUUAUUUAAUAUAAGUAAUAAUGUUCAGACAAGAAGAAAUAAAAUUGAAAGUUAAAUCUAAACAAAUUUUUAAUCUUUGUGUCAAUGUAAAUUUAUACCGAUUUUAUACACCUUAUUAUCGGUUUCCAUUUUUUGUUUUCAUUAUUUUCGAUAAUUAUAAGUUGGUAUUAGUUUAUAGAUAUAAAAGUAAUUUACGUAACCGAAAAAAAUAGUGAUAAAAUCCGAAAACUUAGGAUAAAAUUCUGGAGAGGUGGUCAUCCUAGCUACGAAAUGGAGGAUGAGAGUGCGCGUUGUCGGAUCAUCGACGAUAAUCCGCACCAGAUUCGCGUUACACGGCCUAUUUGCAUUAGCUAGCUUAGGUAGGCAAAACAAUUAUGUGUACAGAUAUUAUUAACACUGUAUGUGCGUAGGCUCGAGGUAUCUGCCGAGGACACAACGUGGCUAACGUAGAUUGCGAUAAUCGAUUAACUGGCAUUUAACUUUAUAAACAUACGAUUCGGAAACAAGUAUAAUGUAACAGCAACAACAACGACGACGACGAAGAAAUCUGAACGGACGAGAUACAACUUAGCAACUGAAACAUGUCUCAAUAGCACGUUCCAAGUAGACUUUCGUUCGCAAUUGUCGAAGAAAACAGCAAUGUGAUUUACCGUAGAGUGCGGUUAACCACAUAUCCAUUGAAGCCGCACACGUGUUACCGCUCUCUGUCAUAAUCCUGUCGGACGCCUCGAUCCUACACGUAUGUCACGACAAUCACGAUGCGGCUUACCGAUCGUGGUCCGUUUAUUAUUGAAAUUGAAUUGUUAAUUGAAGUUGGGAAUGGACUAGCUCACGCCUAAUUAGGGCCUAUAAAUGUAUACAAAUGAAUAAAAUGUUGAGAAACAAUGCCGCACUA